UGCUCGGUGCACAGUGCUCACCCAUCGGCCACACAGUGUGAUACUCGCAUCCACAUCUCUUGCUCGCCCACCACUCAUUCACUUUGCCAUGCCCCGCGCAAUCAUCUCUCCCUCCGUCCUCGCGUCUGACUUUGGUCAGCUCACCGCAGAAUGCAAGCGGAUGAUCAAGGGCGGCGCUGAAUGGCUACACAUGGAUGUUAUGGACGGGCUUCGCUGCGCUGACCCUUCACGUAAGCCAUUUGUGCCAAACAUUACCAUGGGCGCACCGAUCUUGGCCUGUGUGUCCAAGGGUGUGCCAGGCAUCUUCAUGGACUGCCACAUGAUGGUCGCACAGCCAGAGAAGGUCCUGGGUCACGACAUCGCCGACGCAGGCGGCUCGCUCUACUGCUUCCACCUCGAGGCAACAUCGGACCCCCUCUCGCUCAUCAGCGCGAUCCAUGAGCGCAAGAUGAAGGCGGGCGUCGCCAUCUCCCCCGACACGGCCUCGACCGCGAUUUCCGACGAGGUCGCCGAAGCCGCAGACAUGCUUCUCGUCAUGACGGUCUAUCCCGGUCGUGGCGGCCAGAAGUUCCUCGAGCGCUGCGUUCCCAAGGUGGCCGAACUGCGCGCGCGGUUCCCACAGAAGGACAUCGAAGUCGACGGCGGUGUUGGGCCGAAAACGAUCGGUGUCUGUGCGGACGCAGGCAGCAACGUCAUUGUGGCGGCACUGCCAUCUUUGGGGCGGAGAAAGCAGAAGAGUCAUGCACUGCUGAAGCAGACCGUAGAUACUGCGCAAGCGAAGAUUGCGGCGAUGUAGAGAGUAGACAUACCCAUCGCGGUUCCCGCAUGCUGCCAGGAGGAAGUACCACAACAUCUGUAGCUAUUACACAUUCAAACUGCAUGAAAUAAACUGUGUUGCGUAUCCGGGUAU